CGGAUGACCUACGGUGGGGGUCGCGUGCGUGGGGGGGGUGGUGGGUUCCCGAGCGCGUCCGUGUGCGAAAUGGGUUCCGCGCUGGGCCGAAGACGAGCCGGCGGCAAAGGGGAAAAGGGAACCGAAGAAGCCGCCAAGGCCAAAGUCAAUAGUAAGGCCAACCUGAAGAAGUUCAUGGAGUACGUGCAGCAGAGGAACGUUGAAAAGGUAUCCCGGUUUCUGGAAAAAGGCCUGGACCCCAAUUUCCACGAUCCAGACACAGGAGAAUGUCCCCUGACGCUGGCGGUGCAGCUGGAAGGAUGCGCGGAACUCAUCAAGCUGCUCAAGAGCGGCGGCGCUCAUCUGGACUUCAGAACAAAAGACGGCAUCACCUCCCUGCACAAGGCGGUGCGCAGCAAGAACCACACGGCGCUCAUCACGCUGUUGGAUUUGGGUGCAUCUCCUGACUACAAGGACAGUCGGGGGCUCACGCCCCUCUACCACAGCUCUAUGGUGGGGGGGGACCCGUACUGCUGCGAGCUGCUGCUGCACGACCACGCGCAGGUCGGCUGCGUGGACGAGAACGGCUGGCAGGAGAUACACCAGUCGUGUCGUUAUGGCCACGUGCAGCACCUGGAACAUCUUCUGUUUUACGGAGCCGACAUGAGCGCCCAAAACGCUUCCGGGAACACCGCCCUGCACGUGUGCGCGCUCUAUAACCAGGACAGCUGCACGCGUGUUCUGCUGUUUCGGGGGGCCAACAAGGAGAUCAAGAACUACAACAGCCAGACUGCCUUUCAGGUGGCUAUUAUAGCAGGGAACUUUGAUCUGGCGGAAAUCAUAAAGGUCCACAAGGCGUCAGACGUUGUGCCUUUCCGGGAGACGCCCUCCUACACCAACCGUCGGCGGGUGACGGGCCCCACCCCGUCCCCGCGCUCGCUGCUGCGCUCGGCCAGCGACAACAACCUCAACGGCAACGACGGCGCCCACGUCCACCGCCCGACGCCUCGCGAGUCCCGCGGCCGCCAGCAGGGUCACUCGCCCGUGCCGUCGCUGCGCAGUCUGCCCGCUUUCGGUCAGCACCAGGGGGGCAGCCUUGGGGAGAGUCGUCAUGGCGACCUCCCCGACAGCAGCCUCCAGAGCACGGGCAGCUCCAGGUCCUCCCAUUCGCGCUCGCCUUCCCUGCAUCACUCGCACGACGACGACAGGCCGGCGCCGCGGCGCUCGCACAGCCACGGCUACCCCCACGGACAUCGGGGGAGACUCAGCCCCGGCUCGGUGCCCCGGGACCCCAGCCCGCCUCAUCACGCGCCGCCGGCGCCGACGGGCGCCCGCGGGCCCAAGCGCAAACUCUACAGCGCCGUCCCGGGUCGCACCUUCAUCGUCGUCAAGCCCUACACGCCGCAGGGGGAGGGGGAGAUCCAACUCAAUCGAGGAGAGAGGGUCAAAGUGCUGAGCAUCGGCGAAGGGGGCUUCUGGGAAGGCAGCGUCAAGGGGAGGACGGGCUGGUUUCCUGCCGACUGCGUGGAGGAAGUUCAGAUGAGGCAGUUUGAUCCUCGACUAGAAACGAGGGAGGACCGCAACAAAAGACUGUUCAGACACUACACUGUGGGAUCCUACGACAACUUCACCUCAUACAGUGAUUACAUCAUAGAGGAGAAGAAUGCUGUUUUACAGAAGAAAGAAAACGAGGGCUUUGGUUUUGUCCUGCGCGGAGCAAAAGCCGAGACGCCCAUCGAAGAGUUCACGCCGACCCCGGCGUUCCCGGCCCUGCAGUACUUGGAGUCUGUGGACGUGGAGGGCGUGGCCUGGAAGGCCGGCCUGAGGACGGGAGACUUUCUCAUCGAGGUGAACGGCGUUAACGUGGUGAAGGUCGGCCACAAGCAGGUGGUGUCGCUGAUCCGGCAGGGGGGCAACCGGCUGCUGAUGAAGGUGGUGUCCGUCGCUCGGAAACCGGAGUCGGAGGAAGUCGUCCGCAAGAAAGCGCCGCCGCCCCCCAAAAGAGCCCCCAGCACCACUCUGACGCUGCGCUCCAAGUCCAUGACGGCCGAGCUGGAAGAACUGGAGCGGCUCGACGAGAUGUUGGCGUCCCAGGAGUCCGUGUUGCGUUCUCAGCCCCCCGAGGCGGAUUACAGAGCGGCCACCGUCAAACAGCGGCCCACCGGCAGGCGGAUAACACCAGCGGAGAUCAGCUCGCUCUUCGAGCGGCAAGGGAUGACCCUACAUGGAGGUUUUCAGCCAGCCAUCGAGCGAGGUCAUAUGGCGCUACCGAAAGGGAUGUCCAGGACCAAGUCAUUUGGUGCAACCGAGGAGGAUCGGCUGUCUGCCCUGGAAGGUGAGCACCACUUCCCCCGCAGUUCCUCCAUGACCGACAGCCUCCGAGACCACCCGCCGCCUCAUCCCAUCCCGCCUCCUCCACAAACAGCGCCUCCUCCGCCUCCCUAUUACCUGGACACGGGACCUCCCCCGGCUUUCUGCCCGCCGCCGCCCCCGUCGCGGACCCAGAGUCAGGGCCAGGAACCCGGGGGACGCUCCAGCUUUAAGCCCUCCUCCCUGGACCUGCCAUACGAGGCGGCUCAUCGGCAGGCCGCCCAGAUAGAGAGACAGAAGAAGGCCCGCUCCAUGAUCAUCCUGCAGGACUCUUCCCAUUUGCCCGUGGAACCCACAGAGAUCCCCCGGCCGUCUGUGGCUACCCCGCCCGAGCGCAUCAAACGGAAGGGUCGGAUCAUUGACAACCCCUACGCCAAUGUGGGCCAAUUCAGCAUCGGACUUUACACGCCGACCAAGCCUCAGAGGAAGAAAAGCCCCCUGGUGAAGCAACUGCAGGUGGAGGAUUCCCAAGAAAGAGCUAAUUUGGUCUUAGCGGCUGCCCACUCCCGAGAGAGCUCACCCUCAGGACGACACCCGCCGAGCCACACGCGCACCAGCCGCGCAGACUACUACCAGCAGCAGCUGGUGGCCGAGCGGGAGCGUUUGCGGGCCCAGGGCGAGGCCAUGUUUCAGGGUAAGGGCCCCUUUGCCGCCGCCAUCGCCGGAGCAGUGAAGGAACGUGAGCGUCGCCUGGAGGAGCGGCGGAGAUCCACUGUCUUCCUUUCCGUCGGAACCAUGGAGGGAGCGUCCUCCGCCGGAACGGAGGUCCCCUCUCUGACUCAGUCUCACUCCAUCGACGAGCGGAUACUCACGAGAGAGCUCGGCCAGCUGCCACCUCCUGCCUUGGCCUUGAGCCCUUCACCGAGCGGGACCACCUUCAUCCAUCCGCUGACAGGAAAGCCCCUGGACCCCAAUUCCCCUCUGGCUCUUGCGCUGGCCGCAAGGGAGAGGGCACUGACUUCCCAGAGCCAAUCCCCGACUAGCAGCCCAGAGCCACGGACUAAACAAGAGCGGGUGGGCCAGGGCGUAAUAUUCAUUGACACUCAGACCAAAGAGUCUCCGCACGGAGAAGGGCCACCCACAUCCCCACCCUUUCCACCUCAAAUCUCUAAGGGAGGGUCUAGCCUUGGAUCCACCCCAACAUCAGUAUUAGUCCCACCGCCCACCAAACCGCCGUGGUCACCGUCAAGUGUUUCGUUCCACCAGGAGAUGGAGGCCAGGAUCGAUGAGAGGAAGGAGGAAAAAACGCGAGACGAUAAGAAGAGCAUGUUAAUCAGUAUCAUGGACACGUCGCAGCAGAAAACGGCCGGCCUGAUCAUGGUCCAUGCGACCAGUAAUGGCCAGGCCAGUGGCGGGCGUCCAGAGUUAGAGGAGGCAGCCGUGGCGACAUCCAAAGAGCCGAACAAGUCACUAAGUCCACGGACUAAGUCCCCCAGUCCCACAGUCUCUCUGCCCCAGCCUCAGAGUCAGUGUGCUGCCAGUCCCGCUCUCGAUAAGGCUCUGGUUCAGGGAAGCUCAGAGGAGGACACAGAUCCGUACACGGUGACGCUGCCCCCUGCCAUGCUGUCCUCCAGUGAUGAGGAAACACGCGAGGAGCUGCGCAAGAUCGGUUUUGUUCCGCCGCCCGAUGAGUUCGCUAACGGGCUGCUUGCACAAGCUCAGGCCAAGGGUAUUUUACUGUCCCCGACCAAACCUCCAGUCCCUUCGCCAACCACCCCUCCAACACCGACACCCCAAACGCCCUCAACCGCGAUUACCCUGAGCGUAACCCCCAGCCAGCCUCAACCUCCACACCUCCCGCCUCCACCCAGCGCUCCGCCCGGUGCAGCGGCUGUCUCAGGGAAACCAUCGGACCCCCCGGAGCCUCCACCAGUGGGCGAGUCCGGCUCUGCGGCCGAUUCGGGCGUGGAGGAGGCCGACACGCGCAGCUCCAGCGAGCGAGAGAGAGACCACCACCUCGAGACCACCAGCACUGUCUCCACGGUUUCCAGCAUGUCCACGCUGUCCUCAGAGAGCGGCGAACCGGCCGACACACACACCACACACACUUCCUAUGCCGACGGGCAGACUUUUGUGCUCGACAAGCCGCCAGUGCCUCCGAAGCCCCGACUCAAGUCCCACUUAGGAGGCAGCAAAGGCCCUGUCACCUUCAGGGACCCUCUGCUGAAGCAGAGUUCUGACAGUGAGCUGCUAUCCCAGCAACAGGCUGCGGCACUGGCCGCGGCGGUGGCCGGAGGAGCCGGACUGCCCCCCGGCGGCUCCGCCUCCGUGACCGGACUGGCGCCCACCAAGCCGCGCUACCUCUUCCAGCGGCGCUCCAAGCUAUGGGGAGACCAGGUAGAGCCCCGCGGGCCAGGAGUAGGUCUCGGUAUUGGGAGUUUGGGCAAUCUCGGCGGGCUGGGACUCGGGCUGGGUGCCGACGAGGGGGUGAAACCCUCUGUGAUGGGGGAGCUCAGUUCAAGACUACAGCAGCUAAAUAAAGACACGCGGUCUUUGGGGGAGGAACCGCUGGGAGCGUCGCUGGACCCUGGGAGGAAGUCUCCUGUAGCAGGUGCCAGACUUUUCAGCAGCCUAGGUGAACUGCACACCAUUUCUCAGAGAAGCUACGGCACCACGUACACCAUCCGCCCCGGCGGCCGUUACCCCGUCGUGCGUCGCACCCCCAGCCCGGGCUCCCCCGACCGCGCCGACCCCCUCGGACGCUACCCGAGCUACUCUCCGACCGCGCCCCCUCAGACCAUCCUCAAAUCGUCCAGCCUCAGCCUGCCGCAGGAGCCCAAGGAGGUCCGCUUUGUGAUGCGGAGCUCCAGUGCCCGCUCCCGCUCACGUUCCCGCUCGCCCUCUCCCUCGCCUUCGCCUUCGCCCUCGCCCUCGCGCUCGCCCGGACUGGCCUCGCCCCUGCUGGCGCUCAGACCUUUCCACCAGAAGCCCCUGCACCUGUGGAACAAGUACGACGUGGGCGACUGGCUGGAGAGCAUCAACCUGGGCGAGCACCGCGCCGGCUUCCGGGAGCACGAGAUCGAGGGCUCUCACCUGCCGGCGCUGACCAAGGACGACUUCGCCGAGCUGGGCGUGACGCGGGUGGGCCACCGCAUGAACAUCGAGCGGGCGCUCAAGCAGUUGCUGGAGAGCUGACCCCCGCCCUGAUACCGCAGCCGCGUGGACAGAAGAGCAACGUCUCCUCUUUUUUUCUCGGGCUGCGCCGAUGUUUUUUGGCAUCGUGCACUGAAGAGGGUGAGCCAGCACCUUCGUCAUCCGCAACCCUUGGGAGAUGAGCCGUCUACGGUGGGGCGCCACCCCACCGCGUUCAUUCGUGUAUCGUUUUUAAUUGGCAAUUUUAAAAAAAUCCCAAACUGAAAAGUGACAUUUUUUAUUAUUGUUUUUUUCAAUUAAUAUUUUUUUAGGAAAAAUUGCCUGAUGUUCCAUAUUUUUCAAUGGCAAAUCAAAAAUCUUAACUCGAAAAACAUAAGCCUGAAUGUGAUUUGGUUUUUUUGUCCAAAUUGCUCAGAUUGACGCGACUCGAAAGUUUGACCGCGCACAUUAGUGAAGCUACGUUAGCUUGUUAGCAUCCCCUAAUCAGCCCAAACCACAAUCACGAGCCAUGAAAAAGAAGUAAAAUGAAGAAUACAUUGCUAAUUCUACGCAAAAUUAUCUGCCAGUAGAAGAGAAACACGAAUUGGAAAGAGUUCUUAAAACAAGUAAAUAUAGCUAGCCUGAAAAAAAAGACCACUGUGUAUUCUAUUUGUAUCUGCAGUAUUGCGGUACAGUAGCUCUCAUUUUAA